AUGUUGGCUGUAGCCAGAAAAGAAGUGGACGAAUGGUACUUCGAUUCAGCUGCGAGUAGUCAUAUGACCAGAACUGACGAAGGUUUCAAGAAGCAAGAAGUUUCGGUUAAUUCAGUCGACACGGCGAACAAUCUCAAGGAAGGUAGUAUCAAAGUUCAGGGUGUGGUACUCGUCCCUGAUCUGGCAACCAGUUUGUUAUCUAUCAGUAAGAUUUGCAAGAAAGGAUUGACGGUUGUGUUCACUGCAACGGAAUGUGAAGUUCUGGAUGAAGUCGGUGCUGUUAUUGCUUCAGGAACGGAAGAAGAUGGGCUGUAUCGGCUGAACCAGAGGAAAACGGAGAAUUAG